UUCGUUAUUUCAAUCUGUUUAAAGGACGUAUUGUUGACAACGAGACUGCAUAUGUAUUGUUACCUGUUGAUUGCAUGGCAUUGUUUAAAAUCCGUUAGAUUUCACACCUGAAUUCAGUGGCAUUUAAAUAUAGAAUUUUAUCUUGUGUGUGGAUUUAUGAAUAAUUUUGUAUGAUAUUCAAUGAAAUGUACCUUAAAAUGGUACGCAAAUAUAAUUUAAAUUGAAAUUAGAACAGUGACAUAUUUGGAUACUUUAUAAACGGAUGCAAGAUGACGGAUACAGCAGAUCAAUCGUUUAUCAUUGUUAAAUACGGCGAUGGUGAGGAAGCUUUAUUCAACCCUUGGUGUACCAGUCAUACAUUGAUGGAAUGGAUCAGACGAAAGUGUAGAUGUGACGAUGAUAUAGUUAUAGACCUAGUUGACUUGGAAGGUCAAGUAAAGAAUUUGUCUGGACGCAGCAAAGAAUACGCAAAUGAACUAGUUAAUGGACGGGAAACAUAUAUACUUAUUCGGGUUGAAAGAUGUCAUGAUGGAAAGUUUUUGUAUACUUCACUACUCAAUAACCUAGAGGAAUACAAUUCUGAUUUGAUGGUUAAACUGAACAGCAUGUCUCGACCACAGACAAGAACAAAGAAAAAUGCCAAGAAAACUCCAAGCAAAUCAAGUAAAAAUAGGAAUGAAUCACCAACGAAACGGCCAGGCAGUGGAGAGAAAAAGAAAAGAUGAAAUCAUAUUAGCUUAUGUAAAUCUAAAUGUAAAAAACCUUCCUUACUUUGAAGUUUAAUUCAUAUGUUAUAUUUGUUUUGGUUUAUUUUCAGGAUGUUUAUCCCAAACUUUUACUUUGCACUAAAUUGAAGCAUAGGGAGAUUGUAUAUUUGCAGUACAUUUUUUCUGUGAAAAAGUUAGAUUUCUGUUACCAUUACAUGUAAUUUGCUUCCAUGUCCAGUAAUUUAAGAGAAUACAUUUAUGAAGAUAUAUCUGUUACACACAACCAGAAUUCAGGGACUCAUACUUGCAGCUACAUAACCACACACAUUUUCAGGUUUUUUACUUUUUUGCACAUUAAUUUGGGAAAAAAAUACUUAUUAUUUGUGUUUUAAAAAUAGUUUUAAUAAUAGUUUUUUAAGUGCAUCUCCAUAACAGGUACUGAAGAAAGUUUGAAUAUGAAAAUUGUUCUUUUAUGAAUACCUUUAAAAUUGCAUAUUAUUUUUAUGUGUAUGAUUUCUUAUUUAAAAACUGUAAUCAUGCAGAACGAUAAUUGCUUAAGUAUUUUAAUAGUUUGUCAUGUGCAUCUGUAUAAAGGAUACUGAGAAUAUUGAAUAUCAAAAUUGUUCUUUUCAUAAAUACCUUAUCAAUUGUAUAUUAUUUUUCAGUUAUUUAUAAUUAAGAAAUUGUAUUCAUACAGAAAGAUUAGGUUUCUUCAGAUAUCUGAUAUUUGUAGUAAAAAUAUAUUACAAUUAUUUCUUGGUACAUGUAAAUUUUUCUAUUUUUCAACUUUAAAUCACAACUGUACUUUAUAUAGAAAAGUGGUAUAAAUUUGGCCAAAAAGUUAGUAGAAGUUCAUUGGGAGAUGGAAAAUGUUUGAGGGGACACACAGACAAACUAACCCAGUGACAUGCCCAAUAUAUGUACCAUGAACCUGUCUUAACAAUAGUUAAGGGGUAUACACAUUUGUUUUGCAUACUGGAAAUGAUAAAGUCAUGAAGGAUAAACUUUAUCUUUAAAUGAUAGAAAAGUUUUUGUCCUUAACCCAUUUGUAAAAUUUACUUUUCUAGUGCAUAAAAACCUUUUAUAAAACAAUCACCUAGUAUUUGCUAAAAAGGGAGAUAACCUUAUAUAAUUAGGGUAGAUUUUGUACCAUGACAUUAUAAAAUAUGCAUAUUUUUAUUGUUAUACCAUGUUUUUUUAACUGUUAGAUAUAUUUUGUCCAAAUAUUUUAUAAUAAAGCUGUUAAAUCUAACAA